AUGGUAAUUGAAGCCAGUGACAAGGAGAAGCUUGAUGAAGUGGAUUUGAUUCUGGCAGCUGAAGAUGGACAAAUCAAACGAUCCCGAGAUCCAAAGAUGUGCCAUCAUAACGCCAGGCAAAAGUGUGCUCAUUGCCUUCCCAUAGAUGUGAGUAUUUUCCUAUAUCAUCCCUCUCGAAGCAGUAUUUUGGUAAAAGCCGCGCGUUUAUCUUCUCGGUGA